AUGAAUUGCUUGGUCCCGUCUCCUAAAGGAUAUCAGACGCCCAUUCCAUGGCCCCAGAGCUUUGACGAGGUUUGGUUUAGCAACGUUCCUCAUGCCCGUUUAGCUGAGGAAAAAGGGGGUCAAAAUUGGAUCACUAUAGACAAGGACAAGUUCAAGUUUCCCGGAGGAGGCACACAAUUUAUACAUGGGGCAGAUCAGUACUUGGAUCAGAUUGAGAAGAUGAUCCCUGAAAUCGCAUUUGGCAGCCAUACCCAAGUAGCUUUGGAUGUUGGCUGUGGUGUGGCAAGUUUUGGUGCAUAUCUAUUGUCACAGAAUGUUACCACCUUAUCUGUAGCUCCAAAAGGUGUUCAUGAGAUCCAAAUUCAAUUUGCCUGCAAUGGUGGCGGCUUUUGCAACAUGACGAUUACUGUUCUAUAUAGUCCUCAAAUGAGAUUUGGUUCAUGGGAUUUUGUACUCCCAGAAAUUCUUGAACUCCCAGAAAUCAAAGAAUUUCCAGGGAACCGAUAUGUUGAUUUAAAGGGAUGUAUAACGCAAUUGCCUGAGGAAGGAUAUGGCUUGAAUAUUAUCACCUGGCCAGCACAGUUGCAGAAUCCUCCAGUUCGGCUCCAGAGUAUACAGAUUGAUGCUUACAUGUCAAGGAAUGAGCUUUUCAGGGCAGAAUCAAGAUAUUGGCAUGAAAUAAUUGAAAGCUAUGUACGCGCAUUAUAUUGGAAGGAGUUCAAACUUAGAAAUGUGUUGGAUAUGAGAGCUGGCUUUGGAGGAUUUGCAGCAGGACUAAUCGAAAAUCAAUUGGAUUGCCGGGUUCUCAAUGUCGUCCCUGUUAGUGGACCCAAUACGUUGCCCAUUAUAUAUGACCGUGUUCUUAUUGGAGUCAUGCAUGACCGGUGUGAAGCAUUUGACACAUACCCAAGAGCCUAUGAUUUACUGCACGCUGCUGGCCUGCUCUCCAUUGAACAAAAAAGAUGCAAUAUAUCGACCAUCAUGCUUGAAAUGGACCGGGUUUUAAGGCCUGGUGGAGGUGUAUACAUUCGAGAUUCUCUUACUGUUAUGGAUGAACUGCAAGAAAUUGCAGCAUGGGUGGUCAUGUAUCAAUUCGAGACACGUCCGAGGGCCCUCGUGCCAGUUAUAGGAUAUUGA